CCAGUCGAGUCCGAAUCUCUUCCAGCGUGCGGCGUGUGUGAGUGAGUGAGCUGAUUCCUCGGAGGGAACUCCAUACGCGUACGUGCAGAAUAUAAGCAGAAGCCAUCCACAGAACAGCCAGCGGCCAGAACAGUUGCCAAUUGCAGAAUCCGAAUCGGAACCAAACCCAAGCAGCCGCAAUGACUACUUACAUGAAGAUAUUCGAGGAGCGCAUCUCCGGCCUGUCCAAGGGCGUGGAUGAGACUGUGGACAGCUGGUUCCUGAUGAGUUCCCCGGCGCCUGUCUUUGGUGUGGUUUUACUCUACCUUGCGUUUAUUCUGAAGAUCGGACCCGAGUUCAUGAAGAACCGCAAGCCCAUGGAUCUGAAGCGUAUCAUGGUGUUCUACAACGCCUUCCAGGUCUGCUACUCCAUUUGGAUGUGUCGCACGUCCAUCCAGGAGAGCAAUGUGAUAUCCUCCAUCUUCUCGAAGAAGUGCGAAAUCAAUCGCACGCGUGAACAGAAUCUGGCUUUGUACUCGGGAGCCUGGUUCUACUUCUUCUCGAAGAUCAUCGACCUGCUGGACACGACGUUCUUUGUGCUGCGCAAGAAGAACAACCAGGUGUCGUUCCUGCAUGUCUACCACCACACAAUCACCGUGCUCUUCUCCUGGGGCUACCUGAAGUACGCGCCCGGCGAGCAGGGCGUGAUCAUUGGCAUCCUCAAUUCGGGCGUGCACAUCAUGAUGUACUUCUACUACAUGGUGGCGGCCAUGGGACCCCAGUACCAGAAGUACCUCUGGUGGAAGAAGUACAUGACAAGCAUCCAGCUGAUCCAGUUCGUCCUGAUCCUCGGCUACAUGCUGGCCGUCGGCGCCAAGGGCUGCAACAUGCCCAAGACACUCACCUUCUUCUUCGUGGGUAACACCGUCAUCUUCCUAUAUCUGUUCGGCAACUUCUACCGCAAGACCUACAACAAGAACAAGGGCAUCGAUGGCAGCUCCCGGACCGGCAGCAGUCUGGCCCAGUCCGCACUCCGCGCCGCCGGCGGCAUGGGCUGCAUGCCCACCCAGACCCAGAUCACAAGCCAGAGCCAGAGCCAGGGCCAGGUACAGCCGGCCAAGGCAUACAUCGAUCUGAACAACAACAGCGUGAAGCCGCUGAAGGUGGAAUGAGCGCGAGCCCCCGUUUGGUUGGGUUUCAGUUUAGCAAUUAUUGUUUUGUAGAGCGGGGCUUUAGUUUAGUUUGUAGUGUAUCUUAAUCUCUAUAUCUACGCAUCUGUAGCAGGCACAACGUACCAUCUACGAUGUAUGUAUAAUGUUUAUGCCGAGCAGCCGAAGAUUACAACCCAAAAAAUAGCUAGGAUCGUAAGAGUGUGCCUGAUCUGAUUGUGGACAGUCUGACUGAGUAUGUGUUAAUGUUUUCCAGAGUUUGAGUUUGAUUUUGCGUUUGAUUUUGAGUGUGCGAGUGUGAUAGAGUUUUUAUUAAUGAAAUGCAGCCGUAAAUCGUUUCUCGAAUUGUCAUCUCGGAAACAAGAAAAAUUGAAUAAAACUUUGAUUUUUUAUCUUUAACAAAACCAA